UUUGUAUAUAACUGGCUAGGGUCCCUCAGGUGAUGCCUUGCUAGAGCUCAAAGGCUUCCCUGCUUUAGUUCACAAAACCACCAAAUCAAGCAAUCCUUCUACUGCAGCAUUUUAUUUUUAUAUCCCAGUCUAUAAAACCCUUAUAACAACUUAUGGACAUCGUCUCAGUUAGAAUCACAAAUUUUCUUCUUUACAUCAACCAUGGAUGUAAUCACUGUGGACCGCAGGACUUACCUGAGGUCCGCCUCUAGAAUAACUGUGCUGGCUCACUUGCUGGGGCUGACCGCUCUCGUUCUCUUGAUUUUCUGGUUGCUGCAUUACCGUGAAGGCCUCGACUUGGAUUCAGAGAAUCCAAGUCGUGUCUUCAAUGUUCAUCCAUUUCUUAUGUACUUCGGGUUCAUCUUUUUUGCUGCUGAAGCAAUGAUGGUAUACAAGACCAUACCAGCAGAACAUCAAGUGCAGAAGUUCGUGCAUUUGUUCUUCAAUCUGGUUUCGCUUGUGCUGGGCAUUGUCGGAAUUCAUGCUGUAUUCAAGUAUCAUGAUAAGCUUCACUUAGAGGACAUGACUAGCUUGCAUUCAUGGAUUGGCAUGGUUACCUUCUGCUUAUUCAUCUUGCAGUGGCUGUUUGGAUUCAGUUUCUUUCUGUUUUCACAAGCUUCAACAGUAAAUACAAGAGCACGAGCACUCCCAUGGCACGUAAAUGGAGGCAGGGCGCUCUUGUACAUGGCGAUAUGUGCAGCCGAGACAGGGUUGAUGCAGAAGGCCACCUACUUGCGGCUUGGCGGCAGCAGAGAGUCUCACCUAAUGAAUGUCCUGGGAGUUCUGAUCCUUCUAUUUGGCAUCACAGUUGAUAUCUCUGUUGCGCUUGCACGCUGUAUCUGACCUAUCCGUCUUCUGCUUCAAUCACAACCAGAAGACCAUAACAUAACAUGCGAAGAAGUUCAAUUCUCAAUGGUGAAAUAUAAGACUUGAUGUAAAUAUCAUUACUUUCUAUGGACAACAAACCCCUUAAUCCAUGGCUUAUAUAUAACUAGGAUAAAAAAUUCAAGAUUAAUAAAGAACAAGGUGUACAUAUGACACAAACAAGGAAUCAUCAAGGGCUACAUCCGACAACAUUAACUUGCAUGAUUGAUAUUCCCAAGGACAACUUCAAAAACAAUAAUUGAUGCACUAACUAAACUCGAUGGUUAAUAAUCCAAGUAAGAAACCAUUUGAUACCCCAGUUGGACCAUAUAAAUAU